CUAGAUGAAGAAGAAGAGUCGGAGUAACGCGCAGUGUGAAACGCGUUUAAAGGUGUUAAAACAACAAAUAAAUUGUAAAAAAAUUGUUUUGUGCACUGUUCUCAAGUGCAGCUUACGCAAUAUCCUAAAAUGUAAUGGUGAAACGUGUUAGUUAUAGCUUAAAAUGUAGUUUUAAAAUUUAUCUUAUUAGCGUGUUGGUAAAAAUGGAAAACACAUAGGACGUGAAAGUGGAAACGUUUAUUUAAGCAGGCAGCAAACGUUUAAACAACGCCGCGUUUCACAACUACCAAACCUGCAAGCCAAAUUACAGUGCGUUCGUUUCGAAUUUGUGAAAAUGUGAAAAAAAAACACCAAAACAAGCAAGUGCAUGCAAAACGAAAUUCAAGUGCCGAAAAAAGCAAAUGCUACAUAUUAAACCGAAUUCGGAGCAUGCCAUAUAAAUCUCGUGUUGUGUACAAUUAAGUGAAACAAAAUAAUCAAACACGCAAAUGGAACAUACAACGAAAGAUCGUUUGAUGAGUUAAAUUUUAAGCAGUUUCGUUGUGCUGGACAACAACAACAACAACAAAAACAAAAACAAGAAGAACAAAAAACAAAACAAAACAACGACACACCGAGAACAAGAACAACGAGUGUUAGAAUACAACUGCAAUAGGAAGAGUAACAGUAGGCGCGCCAAUAGGAAGCGUCGACUCAGCAGAGAAGAGAAGUAGAAGGAACAAUACGCACCGUUAUGUUUGUAAUGGCUAACAAUGUAAUGUGGCACAGUGUUGGAAAUCGUUUUUGCAAUUUGAAUGCGCGCCGCCUACAAUUAGCAGCCGCCAGCAGCGGUCAGGCAAACGCCGCCGAAAAGAGCAUUUCUGGUUAUGCAUUAGGCCCCCAAAGGUUUGGGGGCACCAUCACCAAUAGAAGCAGCAGCAACUGGGACAGCAGCGUAACGCGGCCAAAGUCACAAGAUCAAGAACUACAAAAACAACAACAGCAACAACAACAACAACAAAAGCAACAGCAACAACAGCGGCGGCCGCAGAGGCAAAAGCUUCUAGUGAAAAAGAUGUCUAGUGAAGUAGUGUUGUGAAAUGCCAAAAGUUAAAAAGCAGCAACAGAAGCAGCAACAUAAGAAGCAAAAGAGCAACAAAAACUUAGCACCAGUAAAAAGCAUCCCCCGCCCCCGCUCCCGUCUAAAGCAUAAAAAUUUAGUUUUAAAACAAUAUACCGCAUAUAUAAUAAAAAUAUACAAAUAUUACAAAUAUUAUUUGGUGAGCAAUAAAAUUUGUAAAAAUGCCCAUGUCCACGCACGACACGGUCUUUGUGGAACCUGUCGUCAGCAGCGGCAGCAACAGCAACAGCAGCAGCAACAGCAACAGCAUCAGCAGCAGAAUUGGCAUCAGUGGGCCACAACAGCAUACGCCGCACAUUGUCAUCGAUGGGAGCAGCCUCACAACGCAGGCGCAGCUGAAGCGCACGAUGCAGCGGCGCAUGUCCAUUCAAGCGCAGCCCGCUCAAAAGUACGCGGUGCGUACGACAGCCACGCAACAGCAGCAUAUGGCACACCACCAGCAGCAGCAGCAGCAGCAGCAUGAACUGCUUAAUCCGCAAAUCUACAAGAUUGUCACUACCGAUGGCAGCACUAGCAAUGUCAUCAUCGAUACCUCCGCCGCGGCGCCGCCACAUAACUCCAAGCUAUUGCUUAGUAAUCUCACGGUGCUGUCCAAGCAGGCGCCAUCCAUGUCCUCCCAGCAGCAGCAGCAGCAGCAGCUUAACUAUGUCAACGCCAAGAAUUUGCCCUAUGUGACAGCCACGCCCGCAAUUAAGCAGCAGCAGCAGCAACAGCAAAAGUUUGGCACUGUCAGCGCCUACAAAACCGUGGCUGCUGGCGCCAAUACAAAACAAUUGCAGGGCUAUGCGCAGGCAACGCAGCAGGCAACAACAACAACAACAACGCCGCUUAUGCAAAAGGUGACGUUGGGCUCCCGUGUUGUAACGCGUCUGCAAUCGUAUGUGCCGCCGCAGCAGCAACAGCAUCAGCCGCAGAUAAUUGUGCAGCCAGCAGCAGCAGCAGCGUCGCAGCAGAAAUAUGUGAAUGCUGUGGCUAAUCGGCCGGCGAUAACGACAGCAGCGGGCGGCGCAGCUGCGGCGCUGCUCAAGAAGGCUAAUCAAAAGAUAACUGUUAAAAGUGUUGGCAAUAUGUUGCAGCAACAUCACCCACAACAACAACAACAGCAGCAGCAACAACAACAACAACAACAGCAGCAGCAGUUUAAAGCUUUUAUCUCGUCACAGCAGGCAACACACAAAGCAGGAGUCAAAACCAAAUUUGUCAAGCAAUACAACAGCAUUGGCAGCGCAGCUACCGGACUGUCCAUUGCUGCCGUCCCUCAGCAACAGCAGCAGCAGCAGCAGCAGAAUGUCUACGCCAAACAGCAGCAGCAGCAGCAGCAGCAGCAGCAGCAGCAGCUGACGCCCAACAAGCUUGGCAAACUGACUGCUGGCAGCAACACAAAGUAUGUCUUGCAACAGCAGCCGCUUCAACAGUUGGCCGCCAAUUUGCCGCAGGGCACACAGCUGCAGCAGAAGACAACAUCGGCCACGGGCGGCUACAUGCUGCAGCAGUCCACACCGGGCGCCAUUAAGUUUGUCAAUUCGCACGGCACCGUCAUACAGCAGCAUCAGCCGCAGGGUCAGCCCAAGCGUAUCCACUACAACAGCAGCAGCAGCAGCGACAGCAGCAGCACUGAUCAUCAGCAACAGCAGCAGCAUCACCAUCAAUCGUCGCUGAUCACCGAUGAUGUGAUGAUUGUGAAUGGCACGCAGAUGACAGACGAGUUGUCGGCACGCAUUUUGCAGAGCAUGGCCCAAAAAUCCUUUAGUCAGCAGCAGCAGCGCUAUCAGCAGCAGACAACACCAACAACACCAACAACAGCGGCAACAAAUACAAGCAUGAGCAACAAUAAUAACAACAACAACAACAAUAAUAAUAAUAACAGCAGCAGCAGCAGCGGCAGCAGCGCAGUGACAGCAUCGUCGGGUAAUCUACUUCUGACCCACUAUCAGGCGACAACAGCCAUGUCGCCCAGCUCGUCAGCAGCAACAUUGACACCAGCUUCAUCGCCAUCGCCAUCAGCAACAGCCGCAUCAUCCGCAACAUAUCUCACGGUAACCUCCUGCAGUACACCGUCGGUGAGCAUCUCCUCGCAUGGCUUUGCCAGCGGCAGUGCCGCAAUGUCCUCGUACAUGUCGGCAACGGCGGCGCGUCGCCAAUCGGUCAGUGCGCCAAGCAGUCGGGCCACAUCGCUGGAGCGCAAACAACAACACCUGCAACACGAGGCUCUCACGGCAGCAACCAUCCGCAAACCGCCACCCAAUGUGGUCGAGUAUUAUAAGCACAGCCUGAGCCACAGCAGCAGCAGCAGCAGCAGCAUUAACAAUCUGACCGGCAGUCUGCGCACCAAUUCCAAUACGAGUCUGCACACGGCGCCACAUUUGCCGCCAGUGCACGUGGAGGCAACGUCGCUGAUGUUGAAGACCCAGCCGCAACAACAGCAGCAGCAACAACCACAUUCGCAGCAGCCGCAGUUGAACGCAAACGAGGAGGAGCUGUACAUUGAGGAGGUGCGACCAGUGCCUGUGCACACACAGGAUUUGCGUUUGCAGCAACUGCAUGCUAUAAUGCAGGAUCACACGUACGCCUCCCAGCAACAGCAGCAGCAGCAGCAACAACAACAGCAGCAGCAGCAGCAGGCAGCAAGUGGAACUGGAUCCACAUCCGCGCAGCAACAGCAGCCACAGCAAUGGUCCCUUGGCGGCAUUGGCGUAACGGUGGCAGGCGCAGCACCAGCUCCAGGCAGCUAUAGCAGCUACUUUGGGCAGCAGCUUGGACGUCAUGUGCCCGAUGAUGAUGCUCACUCGGCUAUAAGCGGCAGCUCUCGUCUGGCCGGUGCCGACAUCGAUCCCGGCGAGGAGACGGAAACGGCGCCCGAAGCGGAAGCUGAGGAUGAUUCAGUUACGCGCUGCAUAUGUGAACUAACCCACGAUGAUGGCUAUAUGAUAUGCUGCGACAAGUGCUCCGCCUGGCAGCACGUGGACUGCAUGGGCAUUGACCGUCUCAACAUACCCGAAGAGUAUCAGUGCGAGCUGUGCCAGCCGCGACCCGUCGACAAGGCCAGAGCACGUGCGCUACAGCGUCAAAAGCGACGGGAGCAUAUGCUGCUGGUGGCCACACAGGCGGCAAGUGGUGCGCCCACAUCAGCAGUUGCCGCUGCAGCCGCCGCCGCCGCUUCAGCCGCGGCAGCAGCCAAUUCACUGGGCGCCGGAGCAACAGCAGCGGCUGGUGGACUAUUGUACAACAGCCAAGAGCUGCAGCAACACCAGCAGCAGCAACAGCAACAGCAGCGGCUGGGAGCCGGACCCAAUGGCGGCUUUGGCACUGGCGCUGCUGUCGGCAGUCUAAAUAAGAAAUCGAAGAAAACCAAAGAUGGCGCCGCCGCUACGCUCAAGAAGAGCAAGAAGAGCGGUGAUAAACUGAAUGCCAGUGGCGGCACGGCCGGCGGCGGCACAGCCAGCACCAAGUCGGCAAAGAAGAGCAGCAAGCGCAAGAGCAAAUCCAAUGGCGAUGGCAGCGGCGGCGGCAGCAGUCCCGCCCUGACCGCCGCCGAGAAGCAUGCGGCCAAUUUGCGUCAAUGGAUCGAACACUAUGAAUACGCGGUCACAAAUCAUUAUUCGCCGGAGCUGCGCGCCCGCCUGCACGCCAUACAGAAGCAGCCAAGCCUGCUGCAGAGCAUACAGAAUACGGAGAAUAAGGCGUUGCGUCUGAUUGCCGGCGGCUGUGCCAGCGAACUGGAGAAGCGCGCCCAACUGAUACCCUAUGCGGGUGCCAAGGUGUUGAUCAGCAGCAUUGACCUGGCGCCGCAUGCGCCCAUUCAUGAGCUACGCGGUAAAUACAUGCUGACCACACAGUUUCGCACACAGAAUCCCACCGUGAACAUGAAUACGCCGCCGCCGAGCAACUAUUUGAACAGUUUCAAGGUGCACAAGACGCCUGGACAGUUUGUGUUCUUCUAUCAGCUGCCCGGCGUCGAGACGCCCAUGCAAACGCAUGCCCAGAUGGCACAACAGCAUCCGCCACCACCGCUGCCCGCCUACCUCAAGGGACCCGAGGUCUGUGUCGAUACGCGCACCUAUGGCAACGAUGCGCGCUUCGUGCGCCGCUCCUGCCGUCCCAACGCCGAACUGCAGCAUUAUUUCGAGAAAGGCACAUUGCAUCUGUAUAUUGUGGCGCUGACGCACAUCCGGGCACAGACCGAGAUAACGGUACGGCAUGAACCGCACGAUUUGGCCGCCGUCGAACAGAAGAAAUCCCAUUCGGCGGUCAUACAGCCGACGAGCACGCGCUGUGCCUGUGAUCUGGGCAGCGAUUGCCUGUUUGCCCUGCCGCUCGCUGUCCAACAGCAGCUGCAGGCGCCGCCCGCCCAGCCGCGCAGCAGUCAUCGCAACAAGGCGGCUGCUGCUGCAGCGGCAGCGGCAACAGCUGCCAACAGCGCGGCAGCCAUACAGCUUACCAUGGGCCUGGGCAGCAGCACGGUGGCGGCAGCAGCAGCAGCGGCAGCGGCAACAGCACGCAAUCGUUCCACCUCCUCGAGCGGCGAGAGCAGCAGCCAUAUGGGCCUUAACAGUCCGCAGUUGAGUCAGUUGAAUUUGGGCUUUAAGCCCAGUUCGGCGGCCCUGGUGACGGCAACAGUUGGCACCGGAGUAACGGCGACGGCAUCAGCGACAGCAGCUGCAACAGCUGCUGCUGCAAUGCUCUGCAGUAGCAAUAGUAAUGGCGGCAACAGCAACAAUUCGUGUUCCGUUUCUAUGUCCAGUGUGCUGCAUGAUUCCGGAAUCUGUACGUCCUCCUCGUCGCCAUCGGUGUCCAUUCCAUCGCCCACACCGACGCAGUUACAGUCGCCUACAUUGCAGCUACAGCAUCAGCAACAUCAGCAACAGCAGCAACAACAACAGACAUCACUGCUACAGCGCAGUCCGACACAGCAACAGCAGCAAAUACUCGCAGCGCUACCCACGCCCAUGUUGCUAUCUCCACAAUUGAUGCAAAAGCCGACACAGCAGCAACCUUCGCUGUUGCAGACACAACAGCAACAGGAACCGUUGGCGGUAAUUGCAGCUGCAGCUGCGGCACAGCAGCCGAUGACCACGUACUAUCUACAGCCGCAGCAGCAGCAGCAGGUGAAUGUGCAGCAGCAACAGCAACAAGCGCAGCAGCAGCAACAACAACAGCAGCAACUACAACAACAGCAACAAACACAGCAACAGCAGCAGCAGCAGCAGCAACAGCAACAACAGCAGCAGCUGCAACAUUACGCACAGCAGCAGCAACAGUUGGCUGAUGAGGCACGGAUAGCGGUUAGUGCGCUACAAACGUUGCAUGCUACGCCCACAGCACACAUUGUUACCCCCAUCAAGGUAUCAGCAGCAGCAACGCAGUCGUUGAAUCAAGUACAGCAGCAACAGUUGUCGCCACAGCAGCAACCGACACAGGCACAGCUAUAUCAGCCAGCAGUAUCGCCCACUAAAACGCCUACGAAAGCGUCCUUACAACCCAACAACAACAAUAACAACUGCAGCAGCAAUAACAACAACAAUAAUAAUAAUGCAACGCCAGCGGCACGCAAAACGCCCGCAAAAGCGGCAACAGCAACACCAACAACAAUCAGCAGCCCCUCGCAGGAUGCCAAGGAGGAGGAGACCACGCCCGCAUCAACAGCUAGCACACCGGCAACAUCGACGCCCGCCACCAAAAAGGACAAACCAAAAUCUCGCGAGGAACGCAAGCUGGAGGCCAUAUUGCGUGCCAUUGACAAAAUGGAGAAGCAGGAGGCGCGCGGCAAGAAGGCAGGCGGAGCAGCUGCCGGCGCGGACAGUCGCCAGUUGGGCGGCAAGCAGCGUGCCAGCAAUUCGCCAGCAUCGCCACGGAAACGCAAUGCGAGCAGCAAUUCCAUAAGCGAGUCGGCCGACUCCAGCGCAAUGAGCAUGGGCACGCCCACUACCAGCAACAACAACAACAACAGCAAGGCAAAGCGCAAUAAAAAGAAGCGCAAAGUAAGUCGCAGCUACAACAACAACAACAAUAACAACAAGCGCAGAAAAAGCCUGAGCGAAUCGGAUGCUGAAUCGCAUACCGAGUCGGAGCUAGCUUCACCAGCCCUACAGCAGCAUCAUAACAACAGCAGCAACAUCCUGCAGCAGCAGCAGCAGCAGCAACAGCAACAAUCGACGGAUCAAGAUGCUGACUUGCUGCUGGCGCUGGCGCACAAUAACUGCGAGCCCUUCAAGCCGCCGGCAGCAGCAACAUCUGCUGUUAGCAGCGCCUGUUUGCUAAUUGAGGCUGCGAUGGGUCCACUGGAGCAACAGCCGCCGCCACAGCAGCAGCAGCAGCAGCAGAUGCAAUUGCUAGUGAAUCCGUUGCAGUCACCUUCAGUUGGCGAGUUCAAGUAUCCGCCCAGUGGUGCCAAGACCAAGAAAACGCUCAUGUCCAGCUGGUUUCAAUCGGAGCAAUGCGAGCACCAGCAACAAUCCGGCCUGGACAGCCUGGUGCAGGCGGCCAUGAGCGAAAUAAACGGCUCCAGGGAGCAACUGCAACAGCAACAGCAGGUGCAGCAAAUUCCCCAACAGCAAAUGCAAUUGGAUGCGCCAGCUCCAGCUCUUCUCAAGGUGGAACAGUUUAUACAUCAAGUGGAGGCCACAGAGCGCUCACAGAUGCCUUCGGUGCAGAACAAUUCGUCGGUUAAGAAGCGCUGGCUGCGACAGGCCAUUAGCGAGGAGACUACCGAUGAGAUUCAGACCCAGGCGCUGGUUACGCCAACGCCCAGCAUAUCGCCGCAACAGCAGCAACAGACUUCGCCGCUGUUGUCCAAUGGUUUUAGCACGCCGCUAAAGAAGCGACGUCUGGUGGUCAUCAGCAACGGAGGCCUCGAGGCGACGGCAGCCGAGGAACCGCAUAUCGAUGUCAUUGGCAGUGCCGGCGAGGAGGAGCAUAAGGUGGAGCAAUUGGUGCCGAAAACUGAGCACUUGAAAGUCGAGACAGCGCAGCACUUUGAGCAGGAUGACGAUGUCGACAUCUUGCGCUCGCCCAGUCCAGGCACACAGCAAAUUGUGGCCGAGGACAAUCUGGUCAAGAUCGAGCCAGAGGACACGAGUGCCGCAGCGGAGGAUGUCAAGAUUGAUGUGGAGCGUGAGGAGAGUCAGGCGUGCGAUAAAUUCGAGGAGCUGCUUAAGGUCAAGCGCGAGCAGGAGGAACAACAACAACAACAGCAGCAGGAGCAGCACCAGCAACAACAACAGGAGCAGAAACAACAGGAGCAACCCAAGGCAGAGACUUUGACAGAGGAGCAGCAACGGCUGGCAAAAAUUGAGCCUAAGCUAGAGAUUAAACCAGAGCCAGCGGCUCAAACGAUUUCCAGCAAAGUCGCGCCAAUUCCAGAGCCCAAGCCAGGUGAAUCACUGUUGCGCACAGCGGCAGCAGCAGCAGCAUCAUCAGCAGCAGCAGCAGCAAUACCAGCAGCAACAGCAACAACAACAAUAACAACUGUAGCGCUUGUGGAUUCUGUAAAGCCUGCUAUCAAGGCGCGCAUAACACCUGUGAAAGAAGAAGAGGAGCCGCUCAAAAAGAAGCCUAAACUGGAAGUGAACUCAACUCCAGCAGCAACAACAGCAGCAGCUACUAAAGCAAUAGCAACACCCACGUUGGCAACACCCACGUUAGCGAUUGAAACGCCUGCAGCAAGCACCAAAAAUCUGACCGAACUGGAUAUACAAGAACGCUUGUUAUCCUUCCAUGCGGAGAAUAUAUCCUACUUGCAAUCGCGCAACAAGAAGGCAACCAGCAGCAGCAGCAACUCCUCCAGCAAGGGCAACAGCAGCAACGUUGCUGGCGUAGAUCUGCCCGCCAAGAAGUCGAGCAAGGAGAAGGAUGAGAAGCGCGAACGCGACAAGCAGCUGAAGAAGUCGAAAAAGGAUAAAAAGAAGUCCAAGGAGAAGGACAAGCUGAAGGCAGCUGCCAUCGCCGCUUUGGUGGCGGCGGCGCCGCCUGAGCCCAAAAAGAAGCAGCCCAAAGAGAGCAAACAGCAGCAGCAAUUGUCAGCAAUAGUUGCAGCUGCAACACCUGCAGCAGCAGUGGCAGCGGCGGCGACGACAAUUACAGCAGCAACAGCCAUAGCCAAUGGUAAGACGAAGCACAACAGCAACAUGCUCGAGCAACAGCAGCAACAAUCGGCGCUGCGCCGUCGCACCAUGUCUAUGUGCAUUACGCCUGCCACGCCCCCAACAGCUAUAGUGCCCACAUCAGCAAUACUUGCCACAACGAAGAAGCGCCAAACCAACUUUGAGCAGGAGCUAACCAAACCCAACAGCCAAAUACUCAGCAGCAGCUUAUUGCUCAACAGCAGCAAAGCACCGCAGCAACAUCUACUACAAGCAACAACAACAGCAGCAGUAGCAGCAGCAGUUGCCACGACCCCAACAGCACAGCAGCAGCAUCGCAAGGAAAACAACCAUCAUCAUCACCAUCAUCAUCAGCAGCAGCAGCAGCAGGAGGCAGUUGGUUCAAUGAGCCUGGCGGCGGCCAUAGCCAGCGGCAAGUUGACGCCCAUCAGUCGGCGGCGGGAGUCUAUGUGCGGCAGUCGCCAGCAGGCGGCGCUCAUAGCGGCAGCGAUCAAAAAGGAGAAAAAGGAAAAGAAAAAGAGCAAGAAGAAGGAUCGUGAGAAGAAGCAAAAGGACAAGGAUAAAGACAAGGUGUCGACCAAGACCAAGGGUAACAAUAAACAAAAAGUGCAACAGCAACAGCCACCAAACGCUAUAAAUGCAACAAUGUCCAAGCCGGCACUCGUUAAGGCAGCUCUGACUAAGCCAAUCAUGCCCACUGUACAAUCCGUACCCAUAUCAGCAGCCCCAAUACCCGUGCUGAUAACACAACCCACACUCGCAACACCAGCCGCCAUGUCCAUGCCCAUGUCGAUGUCGGUGCCCCUUGUGGUUGCCGGCAGCGCUUGCUCGGCGGCUAAGCAAUUGCCGUUUUACAAUACGAUUUAUGGCAAACUGCAAGAGCCACCCGUGUUGCCAGCAAGCGCUGCUUUGGUGUCCUCGCCGAUGGCCAAAAUCAGCAGCAGCAGCAGCAUGCCCAGUUUGGCCGAGUAUUUGGAGGCCACCAAAACGAAAGCGGCGGCGUCGGCGGCGGCAGUACCAGCUGUUGCUGUUGCAUCACCCUCAACAGCUGCAGCAAUUAUCACGCCAGCAGCAGCUGCAGCCAACAGUAUGGCUAUUUCAGCGCUGGAGAGCAUGCCACCGCCGGCAACAACACCGCUUAAGCUGUACACACGAACUGCCAGCCAUGAUCCGCGCCUGAAUCCCAUGCUGACAGUGCCAGAGCCGGCGCCAAUGCCCAAGCGCAAGCUCUCCAUUAGUGAGUAUCGCAUGCGGCAUCGGCCCUCUGUGGAUACGGCGCCGACAACACCCACGACGCCAACAACACCGCCAACGGAGCGUUGCUUUGCCAAGCCGCAGACCAUCAACAAAUGUUCGUUGCAGUCACCGGAACGCUUUCAGGCGAUGCGUGAGCGUCGCAAUUCCAUAAGCGUUCAUCAAAACCAGAACAGCAACAGCAACAAUCAUCACUACCAGCAGCAGCAGCAGCAGCAGUUGUCACAGCAGCAACAGCAGCAGCAGCAAUCUUCGGCGGCCAAGAGCAACACAAAGAACUCUGUGGUUAACUCAGCGGCAGCAACGCUGAGCACGGUCAACAGCAUCCUGAGUACCGCCCACAAGUUGCACAUGUUCGACGACAAGCCCAAGGGUGGCCACUUCAAUGCGGCGCCAACGUUGCUGGAGCAGCAGCAGGAGAAGAUGAGCGAACGCUCACGUUGCCUGCAGCGCACCAUUUCCUGUGAUUCGCGUGUCAUCGAGCGCCUGGGCGCCAGCACAACAGCUGCCGGUAGCAUAGUGGAUAAAGCAGCUGCAGCGGGCUCCAGGCGAGACGGUGCCUAGGUGCAAGGCCAUAGGCUGAACAGCUGAUGGCAAUCUCCAAUUGUUGGAGUUAAAACCAGGAUAAACCAAAAAUGAAGCCCAGUUAAAUACAAUCGAAAUCUGUAUUGCUAACCAAUUGCUGGCGUAUCCACUGGAUAAUCUAUAUAUAUAUAUAUAUAUAACAUAUGCCAAGCGCGCUUUUUCCUUAUUUAUGCAAAUGUACAGAAAAUCCCGGAAGAAACGCAACGGCAGUCACAAAAAUUAAAUCCUUAUUAUUUUUGUUUGUAAACGCUAUAACUCGUUAUAAUUAAUACUACUUGAAUACAUAUAUCUCUAUAUGUUUAUAUGUAAUAGACAGCAGCAAUGUAAUUUUCAAGAAACAAAAAAAAAAAAACAAAAAACACAAAAAACGAAAAAUAAGAAAUACCUUCUGCUAAACUAACUAGUAGUUAAA